CGUUCUCAGUCCAACACAGGAAGACGCCCCUGUCACUGUGAUUCAAGCAAACUUAUUGAUUUCUUUUGCUAAAUAACUUUAGGAUUUUGCUGCGCUCUUGGAUAAAAAAAGGAACCAAGUAAGAAGCCACAAACUCAAAGUGUGUUUUGGAUCCGGUUGGAUUCCACUUGGAUCCUGGUUGAAGAUGCAUUCCGCCAGAUACGAAUACGACGGCUACAAUGGCCGUCACGAGCGGAUUGACUUCCUGAACAGCAAAGAGAAGACACCGAAGCGGAAGACCGGCGUCCUCAUCGGCGUUCUUGUGGCGCUUCUCGUCCUCGCAGCCGUGGCGGCGUUUCUCAUUUGGUUUUUUGUCUUUAAAGAUGCUGAUUCAGGAGCCACUAUUAGUCAGCACCUCAAACCCUCGAAGCGGGUCUUCAGCGGCCACAUGAAGCUGGUUGACGUGCCGUACGACCAGAAGCUGGAGGACACCAACAGCAAACAGUUCCAGGAUUUGGCGGGAAAAUUGGAGGGAGCUCUGAAGGAAAACUACAAGAGAGAUCCGCUGCUUGAGAAAUACCACUCUGCAUCUACCAUCACUGCGUUCAGCGAGGGUGUGAAAGCCUAUUACUGGUCCCAGUUUGAUAUUCCAGCCAGCGAACAGGAGAUUGUGCCGGAGUUCUCGGAGGAGCGGGUGCUGGAAGCUCUGGAGGCUGGCUUUAUGGAGCCGCGCAGCACGGCCGGUCGCAGCAAUAUCAAGAUCAGCGAAGUCACCACCGCACUCACAGAUCCUCGCAUGGCCAGGAACCCCAAAGCCAAAGAAUGUUUCCACCGUCUGGAGGCAGUUGAAAACGGGCUCGAAUUUACGUCUCCGGGGUACCCAGUGUCCUACCCCCCCAAGUCUCGAUGUCAGUGGCAAAUCCGAGCCUCGGAGGACAACGCCAUAUCUGUCAAGUUCCUUUCUUUCCACAUCGAGGACGACUGCAAUGACGACUUUGUCUCCAUCUAUGACUCCUUGAGCCCCGACGAUUCUCAGGCCAUCACGCAACAGUGCGGUAAGAGGCCUCCCUCCAACCCCCUGGAGGUGGUGUCAUCCGGCAACAUCAUGCUGAUUAACUUUAUUACUGACACCGAUGUCAGCCACCCUGGCUUUGUGGCCGAGUACAAAGCCAUCCCCAUGAGAAACGUGAAAAUGUGCGGUGGUGUCCUCUCUAACGACAAUGGAGUCCUCACCUCCCCGCUUCACCCCAGCUUUUAUCCUCCUGCUGUGGACUGCAAGUGGUCCAUCAAGGUCCCUCCUGGGAACAAGGUGCGGCUGAAGUUCACCAUGUUCCGCAUGAAGGAGCCCGGCGUGGACAUCCGUGUGUGUCACAAGGACUAUGUGGAAAUUAUGGGAACCAAGUAUUGCGGAGAAUUGUCCACUUUGGCUUUGACCAGCAGCAGCAAUGUCGUAGACGUGAUGUUCCACUCCGAUGAGUCUGACACUGACAAGGGCUUCAGAGCAGAGUACAGCGCCUACGAUCCCGCAAACCCUUGCCCCACCAAGUUUGCCUGUAACUCUGGCAUUUGCAUCGGAAAAGAACUGCAGUGUGAUGGCUGGAACGACUGCGGCGAUAUGAGCGAUGAGAUGAAGUGCCAGUGUGAAAAGGACCAGUUUGCUUGUGCGAACGGUUUGUGCAAACCGAAACUCUGGGAGUGCGAUAGUGUCAACGACUGCGGAGACUGGAGCGAUGAGAAACAAUGCAGUUGCGAGGAGAACGAGUGGCGCUGCGGGGACGGGCUUUGCAUGCCCCAGGAUGUUGUGUGCGACAGUAAGAAGGACUGCGAAGACGGAAGCGACGAGGCCUCUUGUAAGACCUCGACGGGCAUCUGCUCCGACUUCAGCUUCAAGUGCGCCAACGAAGAAUGUGUCAACAAGGUGAACGCCGAAUGCGACCGCAUCGACGACUGCUCCGAUAUGUCGGAUGAAACGGGCUGCGAUUGUGGCACCAGGCCUUACAAACUGAACCGCAUCGUGGGAGGGCAGAACGCUGAGCUCGGGGAGUGGCCCUGGCAGGUCAGCCUGCACUUCCUGACCUACGGGCAUGUUUGCGGCGCCUCGAUCAUCUCGGACAGGUGGCUUCUUUCGGCUGCUCACUGCUUUGUCACAAGCAGUCAAGAGAACUAUAUUGCAUCCAACUGGCAAAGCUACUGUGGCAUGCAGGACCAAUACAAGCAGGACGACGUACAGCGCCGCCCAUUGAAGAGGAUCAUUGCCCACCCGGAUUACAACCAGAUGACCUUUGACUAUGACAUUGCACUGCUGGAGCUCAGCGAGCCACUGAAGUUCACCGACACCAUCCGACCCAUCUGCCUACCAUCUCCCUCCCACGUCUUCCCUGCAGGCAUAUCGUGCUGGGUCACAGGCUGGGGCGCACUCCGAGAAGGAGGUCAAAAGGCACAGAUUCUGCAGAAAGCGUCAGUGAAAAUCAUCAAUGACACCGUGUGCAACGUGGUUACUGAAGGCCAAGUCACCUCCAGGAUGCUCUGCAGCGGAUUCCUGGCUGGAGGUGUCGACGCAUGCCAGGGCGACUCCGGGGGCCCCCUGGUGUGCUUCGAGGAGAGUGGGAAGUGGUUCCAGGCCGGCGUCGUGAGCUGGGGUGAGGGCUGCGCUCGUCGCAACAAGCCCGGAGUCUACACCAGGGUCACCAAGCUACGAGCCUGGAUCAAGAAGGAGACCAAUAUUUGAGGAUGUUGUGAGAAACGGGGAAGGGAUGCAGAGUGGGGAACAUCACAGUGCUAAAAAAAUAAUGGAGUCGGAACAUUUUCGGUCUGAUUCAGGACGAGCCUCUCUGAGAUUUAUUCGUUUAGCAGCAGGCUGAGGAUCCUGUUGCAUGGACCCAGCUUCUCUUAUGAAUGACUUAAGCACUUUAUUUGGUUGCCAACCUGCUCUUAAGCUCCUCCCACUCACACUUACACACAUUCACAAGAACACCACACUGUCUUGAAUUUUGUAUAGUUUUUAAAGGCAUUCAUCAGCACAGUGUCUUUUAUCCCCCUCAAUCCAAGACAAUAGACCCCGAGUACAAAUAAUGAAAUAUGUAUAGAUUGGGGAAUCAUUUUUCCUCUUUUACAGAUUUUAAAGUGUGUUUCUGCGUACAGUAACUGAAAAAGUUAUUGUGUUUGUGUUUAAGCCUUAGUAUUAUAUAUUUCUAAACUGGUGAGAGCCUUCAUCCUCGUGCUGCAGUGAAUGUUGCACAUUGCCGGUAGGCUCAUGCAGUAAAUGGCUAUGAAUGUGGGGUUUUACAUAAUAAUCUAAUUUUUGACAAAAAAACGAAAGACCAAAAAAAAAAGACAAAAAGAAUCAACAUCCAUGUUGGGGCAUUUUCAUAUCAUACUCAAAUGAAUGAAACCCGGAAGCUGCCUGCAAGGUAGAAAAAUGCCUUAAUCAAUCUAAAAGCCCACAGUUUGCUUUGGAAAACGGCCAGCAGGAAAGUAUACUGGAUUUUUCGUAAGUGGACUUAAAACAUGUAAAAACCACCAGCCUGGUCCUUGAAGAAUGAGACUGGAGUGAUUCCUAAGUUGUUUCUGAUUUUAACGGGCGUCCUAGAUCAGUGUUUUUUAUUUCACUUCUACAGAUGCUUACUGGCCUUGCCUGGUCUGUGAAUUAUUUGCCAAAAUGUUAUAUUCAGAAGGGGAGGAUGAAGAUGAGGUCCAGCUGGCCUUUGCGCAGGUCUCUAGUUAAGCUCAGGGUGAUUGGGGUCUUCAAUCACACACGCUGCUCAGAGUCAAUGUAAAUCAGUAGGGUUUUGACUAGUUGCCAGAGCGAGGCAAUCCAUUCUUAUUCCCAUUAGGGCUUCCUCUCUUUGGUCACGAUCAACUUAAUCAACUUCAGCUUAAACAACGUAUUUGACUGGAUGGUUUAUUUUACUCCAUUUGUCGGACUUAUUCUGAAACUAAUAAGUCUUGAAUAAGCACACCAAAAGAUUUGCUGAAGUAUUAUUUAUUGAAGCGGGAGAAAUUAUUGUUGAGGACAUGGCUCAGCUGGUUGUUUUUAAUAAUUCUGUUAGUGUAAAUGUGUAUUUUUCAGAAAGUAGGGAGAGGCCUCAACUUUUACAUAGUAGAUAAUUUCAUUAACACUCAGACUGUGAUUCGUAUUACGGACUUACUUUACAUCCUUUGUUUGAGUGUGUGUGUAGUUUUUUUUAUACCAAAGCGUCAUGAUAAUAAACAUCUUUUAUCUGAUUCCACAGUACCUAAUUGCAUUACCUGUAUCAUUUGUCUUUGAUGGGGUCUUGUUUUGUAUUAUGUUGUGCAUAAUAAAUGCAUGUCUUGGGAGA